AUGUCGGACGAAUAUUUCUAUGGUGUCACAUUGUCAGCGUCACAUCAGUCUGAAACAUGGGACCCGGAAGCGAAGGCCGAAUAUCCACGCAGCAACAAGCUGCUGAUCCGCCAGGCGCUGUUAGGGCCCGACGCCAAGCCAGAUGAACUUAAUGUAGUUCAGGUGGAGACGAUGUCUCUUCAAGAUUCUAUCAAGAUUCCUGUGGCUGUUUUGAAGGCGGGAGAGACAAGGCAUGCUCGUCUUGACAUUGAAUUCCCUGAUGCACCCGUCACGUUCACACUCAUUCAGGGCUCGGGGCCUGUGCAUCUUAUCGGACAACAUCUGCUGGGCGCGCUCGUGGAGGAGUUCGAGGACAUGGAGGAGAUGGAAGAAGAGAUGCUGGACGAGGAGGAGGGAGAUGAUUCCCAGUUCAAGGAUGAUGAAAAUAAAAGGAAAUCCUCUGCAGGAAAGCGCAAGACGAAUGAGGACGAAGACGACGAGGAGGGCGAGCCCAAGGGCAAGAAGGCGAAAAUGUCGAACAACGCCAAAGGAAAAGCUCCUUCACCCAAGAAGAACGCCAAGAAGUGA